AUCUAUUAUUAUUAUGUUUUAUUAACGUCUGACGAAAAUUUAAGAAUGUUGAUUUCUUAAAUUAGUGGCGGUACGUGAAUACUUAUAUGAUUGUUAGGAGAUGUCUAUACAUAACUAAACAGAAACGUAUUAAACGAUCACUAUACUUAGAAAUAACCGACAGUUUCGUGUUCAUUCUGUAGCUUGAAGAAGACAGUGUUAGAUGAAGUUUCAAGAUGGAAACAGCUCUAUGGGUAUCUUCUGGGCUGGUACGCAGCUCAGUAAGUAUCGUGAAGUUUUUUGUGCCAAAAAUGAUAUAUGGUUCGGCUAGAGCAGCACGUUAUUUCAUCCCUACAAGAAUUACUAACUUGAUGUCGAAAUGUGUAGAAUUUGUCGAAAUUGUCACCUCCUUCAAGACAAUUUUGGAGCAAGUCGAUGCUCUUGAACAACAAAUCAAUGUGCUCAAACAAACUUCUAUUGAUAAUAAGGAGGAAUAUGAGAAAGCCAGAAUGAUAAAUAUAAGUUUGAAUUCAAAAAUUUCUUCGUUGGAAUACCAGAUCGAAGAUUUGGAAAAGAAACACGAAGAACGUGUGCUGCAAGAACAUAUUAAAACCAAGGAAAUAAUUGAGAAACUCAAGUGUGAACAGCAAUCGUUAUUGACGGAUGCUGAUAGAAGGAUAUUCUACUAUAAACAAAAGAAUGCCGAGCAUCAAAAGGAACUUAGCAUGCAGAAAAUGAUCAUCGAAAAGAUGAAAGAAGAUCGAGAAAAAAUAUUAAAAGAAGUGCAAGAACUCAACAUUAUGUUGUACUCUACAUGUACUAACGCCCGAAAAAAUGAGGAACAGCUUGAAAGAGUUUCUAAAGAAAAUGAAGAGAAAACACAAAUGAUCGAACAAAUGCAGACAGAAAUAGAAAUCUUAAAAAUACAAAAUGACGAAGAAAUCCAACGAGCAUAUUUAGAAUUAUGUUGUUUGAAAGAGAAGAAUUUCCUCUUGGAAGAAUCUAACGAGGAUCUACAAACAAGCCUUUCAUCACUUUCCAGUAGGGCCAGCUUUGAUCAGUCACUAGAAGAAGAAAGUGAAUAAAG